AUGCAAUCCAUUAGCAACAAUAAAGCAAACACAUUGUGCAAUUUGUCGGACAAUAUAUCAAAACUAUCUGAUUGUUUAUCAAGUUUACCGAAUACAACAGAAUUACAAUUUCUUGAUGAAUCACAAGUUUUACAUGCUUCUUUCCGAGUGGCGGCGGAAUCAGUAACACAACUUUAUAAAACAGCCUUUCAGCAAAAAAAUAUUGGAUAUGAACAAUGUUUAAAAGAUUUAUUGGAGUUUAUCGAAUCUCAUCCAAAUGUUCAGCAAAGACAACAAUUAGGAACUGACGGACGUGAUGCUAUCAUAUCGGUUGAUGAUUUGAUAAAAUUUAUGCAUCUCAAAAAAGAACAACUCUCUUCUUUAUCAAGAAGAUCUCGUGACGAAUCUUCAACUGCUCUUCCUUUAUCAAACACUACUGAUAAUAAUAAUCAAAAUAUUCAACAUGAAAUAGAUAGAUUGGUGCCAAGUCAAGAUGAUAGUAAAAGAUGA